AUGUCUGGUGAUAGAAAAUCCUCUAAAGCAUGGCAGUUUUUCACCGAUCUCCAAAAUGAAAAGGCUAAAUGCAAUUUCUGUCAAAAAGAGUUUUCAUAUAAAGGUGGCGGUGCUUAUAAUUUGACUAGACAUACAAAAAGUAAACAUCCGCAAGCAUUUACAGCGAUACGUGAAUGUCCAAUUGAAAUUGAAGCUUCUGCCGCAACACACAUUCAGCUUUUGCCUACUACUUCCACCGAUCCAACAGCGAUAUGUAUACCUUUUGCAUCUACUUCUACAUCUACAUCUUCAACUGCUAUCAUACCUGCAACAUCCGAACCAACUAUUCCUUCAAGUACAGAUAUAUUUAAGUUAAAAUCUGCAGCCGCUAACACCAAAUUAACCCAAUACUUCUGUAAGCCGCUUUCCGCUAAAAAAACUGAUCAAUUAAAUAAAACGCUAGUGAAGCUAUUUGCAAAAAAUUAUUUAGCCUUCCAUUUGAUCGAGUCACCUGAAUUGAAAGAGUUCAUAAAAGAACUAAACCCCGGCUACCAAUUACCUAGUCGUAAGACAUUGUCUAACGCCUUAAUGACAAAUGUGUAUAUUCAAAUCAAGGAAAAAGUAAAGAUAGAGUUGAGUCAAGCCGUGUAUGUCUGCAUAACAACUGAUGGUUGGACAUCCAAACCCAAUGAAAAUUAUUUAGCUGUGACGGUUCAUUUUUUCAAUAAUAAUGCAGAAUUAAAAUCAUUUUUACUAGAGUGCAUCCAAUUUAAUGAUAGGCAUACGGCCGAUAACUUAGCUCAAGAGUUAAGAAGAAUUGCAAGUGAUUGGGAAAUAACAAACAAAGUUGUCGCAGCCACAAGCGAUAACGCGAACAAUAUUAAAGCUGCAAUAAAAAUAAAUAACUGGAAACAAAUACCUUGUUUCGCUCAUACACUCAAUUUAAUUGUGCAGACAGCUUUAAAACAAAUAAAAGUCACUACAACUAAAAUAAAACAAAUCGUCGAAGUAUUUAAACGAAGUCCACUUGCCUCUGAAAGGCUUAAAAAUAUGCAAAAGAAGUUAGAGGAACAAGUUUUAAAAUUAAAACAGGAUGUUCCCACACGCUGGAACUCCACUUGUGAAAUGUUCGAAAGAAUAUUAAAAACAAAAAAUAGCGUUAUGUCUACACUUGCGAUUGACUAUCCUGAUGUAGACAACAUUACGUCUGAUGAUAUUCAGAUAAUAGAAUCUGCAUCAGAAAUUCUAUCAUUUUUUAAAGACGUAACGGAAGAAAUGAGCUCGGAAAGAAACGUUACGAUUUCAGAAGUACCUAUGGUUUUUUGA